AUGCCCCGCCAUUGGAGCUUGCCGACUCCUGGCUCACUGGAAAGCUUCGAGGUUGGCCGACGCAACAUCGCCAUUGGCACUGAAGGCCAAGGGCUGAUUGCAGCAUGCGAUGUGGUGACAUUGCCAACUGUUAGCGCCCACUGCGCCAGACGAUACGACGGCAAGCACAUUGAGGUGACACGAGAGAAGCUUUUCGAUCCAAGGAACGCGGCUUGCGUGGAAAGCAAGCCCAAGCAAGACCACGAAAGGAACGGAUACACUAGCUUCGGUAAGAAUUCGCAGUCGAACCCGGAUGUCUGUGCUGAUCCCAGUGUCAGGUUCAGUGAGAAGAGUCGCAACUGGAUGGAACGCAGGGUAGCAGAGGAAGAAGACCCAUUUCAUUGGGUUGAGAAUGAAGACCUUGCUGCCGCAGAAGGAGGCGACGUCGAGUCUUGGAAGCAGAAAUGGAAGACGCUCCGAAGAAUGAUCAAGGAGAGAGAGCGCCAGAGCUCAGCCAAGAAGAACGUGAUGCUGAAGAAGACGCAGCAGUUAGUCAUUGAAGAGGCGGGGUGCAAGUUCAACCUCCGAAACUUCUUCGCCAACAGCAUCGAGCGCAGCGAGUCGUCUGGUACUAUCCUUGACAUAAAGGCUCAGGCAUAUUAUGGCGUUUCAGGCGAUGUUUUUUUCUGGGACAGCGCAGCACGGCGACCAGAUGGUAUGAACAUCUCCGUGGAAUGCCAAAGCAUAUCCGUCCAUGUCGAUGACGAGCUCCUAGCAGGCAACGUGGAGGAGAAGAAGAAAGUACGUAUGAUAGCCUGGGAAGACAUGACCAAAGCCAGGAACUUCUACAAUGGCACAGCGAAGGAGAAGGUUCCGGAGAAUGACGCGAUGUACAUCUUCCAGGAACGAGUGGACUUUGGUACUCGCAAGGACAAUGGGGUGGAGAUGGAAGCUCGCAGACUCUUGCACGUCUUGGAGCGGGACUCUUGCACGUCUUGGAGCGGGAUGGACUGGGCAAGUGAUUCGUUUGACGUCUGCGUCAGGUCGCUGACCUCUGCACUGCUCUCUUUGGAAGAGAUGCCGCCCGAAGCCAUCACGGCCCGAGUCCCAGACAUGACGCAUGGGCAACACGUCGAGGGCAUCAUCAGAUCUGCCGGGUGCGGGCAUCCGAACCUGAACAAUGCAGUCUUUCUAGUCGUGUUUCGGUAUUGUGCACUGACUCGUCAGUCGGACAGUUGCCAGCCUGCUUUUGAGCGCAGCACAUCGAAGAUGACUGUCCGUGAGUUGCUGUCCUACGCGAAAAGCAACCCAGACGAGUUCAAUCUGCCGGCCAUGGUGGAGGGUGUUGCUGCAAGUGUAGCUGGACAGUGCCAGAAGGUCCAGGUGAGUCGUUUUGAAAGCCCUGGCUUGGCGAAGGAAUUCUUUUGUGGAGCCUUGGAUUGGCAACGUCCAGCAGUCCAGGCCGUGGAUCUGCGACCGUUGGAAGAGCAUCUCACUCAGAAGACAAGCUCCCUCACCAUGAUCAGGCGCUGCAGCGUGCCGCUGAGCUUCAGAUGUGCCAGGAACCGUGUCAGCACGGCUCAAGAACCCUGCCGCUUUGUGCCACGCUGGCGCAGCAUGGCCACUACGUCGGCUACAUCCGAGGAGUCAUCUUCCCCCGACAUCUACAAAGAUUUCCUGAAAACGGUCCUUGGAGGCUCACCCGAUGAAAUCGAGGAACGCGAUCAGAAACUGCUCGGCAUAGAGAGCGAGAUAUUUGUUAUUCCGGAAGCAGAGAAGGAGGACUCAGGACGAAGCAGCGAUGGGGAAGAGGAUAAGGAAAAGAACAAUGAGACCGUGUGCUUCGCCAUGGAUGACUCCGACGACGACGACGCAGACGACGAUGAUGAUGAGUCCGAAGACUGGGACCUCGAGGACGCAUACAACUUCGACCCCGAUCGUGUGGCAGAGCUACUCCAGAGGGGCAACGUGACCGAGGAGGAGCUGGUGGAGACGAUGCAAGUGGGCAUGGCAGAGGCCAUGAUCCAGCGACUUGCGCAAGAAGAUCCGGAAGCGGAGGCAGCCCGUCCAGACUGCCAGGGUGACUUGACCGGCAGGAUGACGCCGCCGGCGCAGCCGACUGACUUUGAAGCGAACACACCGCCCGAUCCGAAGGAACUGGCCGACAAGUUGGAGAAGGCACCUGCUGGCAGGGCGCGCCGAUCAUCAAUGGUUCGCCGUGGCGCCCUUGACGAAGCAGCACGCUGCGCCGCGAAGAAUCACAGGAAAAGCAUUGCUGGCAUUCAAAAGUCCAAACUGGUCGACGAUGACUCCAACAAGGACAGCAUCCUUCAGGCCGUGGCGAACACCAGGAAACGGAAUCGACUUAGCAUUUGCAAAGCCGUCGAAACGUUGGAGGCUGCAGGCCUUGGCGAUGAGCCAGAUCGGAAAGCUGUGUCUCAGCAGCUAGAGAUGGUCCAGAAGUGCCUCCUGGAAGCCAGGAAGAAGCACCGGGACACCGUGGCGAAGGUUGCUAUGGAGACAGUAAGUCGUGGCGAGCCUGAUGCCUCCCAGGACACCAAAGAUUCCAAAGCUGACGAAAAAGGCAAAGCCUCAACAACCACGACUACCGACGAAAAGCCAAAGUUCCAGAUGUCGGCAUCCGCCAAAGCCUUCAAUCCCAACCAGCAAAGCAUCGAAGAGAAGAUCAGAAGCGCCGUUAAAGCUGCACACCAGCGCGCAAAGCAAGAGCGGGGCGAAGUGGCGGCGCCGCCACGAGGCCACGACCAGUGGGGAAAUCCGUAUGCCGCUUGGGGAUCUGGCUAUGACCAGACCGGCUACGGCUACGCACAAGCCUACCAUCCAGGUUACCAAACGCAUGCGUACAACCAGUGCUACGACCCGUCGUGGAACAACCAGAUGGGCUAUGCGCAGGGACAACAGUGGCAGCAACCCCAGCAAGCCUGGACACAGGGUGGCGCCGGUCAAAACUGCUGGGUGACCGCCGAAGGAGCAAAUGCUGCCUAUGGCGGGGAUUGCUACAACUACUAUGGCGGAAACUACUCUGGCUACGGUCAGCAUCAGGUUCCGAUUCAGCAAGCAGCGUAUUCAGGCCAGGCCCAUUGGCAAAACGCAGCAUGGGGCGCCCUUGACCGCUCGCGAUGCGACAAGGAAGUGCUGCAAAGUGCGCAUUUCACACAGAAGCUUUGGCUGGGCGUCUGUGAUGCGCUUGUGCCAUAUGCAAUCCAGUCUGUGGCCACAAGGCGUACCCCUCUGGACCCCAAAGUCAUUUGCAGCAGAAGCUGGGAAACGCCUGCUCUGUGUGAUGUGCUCGCGCAUGACUUCGUGCAGUCGUUGGCGCGACGUGUGGAAGGCAUGGGAAGGCCCGCGGCGAUUUUGGCGAUGCACCUAUGUGGUCGUCUGAGUCUGCAGGCAAUCAGUGCGUUCCGCCAGAUCAAUUUGAUUCGGUGCUGUGUGCUGGGGCCAUGCUGCUUGCCACAUUCCAGCGAGGCUCCAAAGGAACUGCAAGAUGUGUAUGGAAUCGGCAUGUCCGACGAGGAGCAGUUCGAUGCUUGGGCAUGCGACAGCAGGGUGACUCGUGCCAUGCUGCGCUUUUGCUUUCUCGCCACCGCUGGCUUCCAGGCCACGGGCCACUCAGAUGAGCCGCUGCCCGAUGCUUGGUAUGAGGUCUACAGAAGCUCGAGGCGGCAUGAUUUGUCUUGCACAGCCGUCUUGGAUGCACUGAAGGCCACCGGCGCGGCAGACCUCUCUGCCGCAAUUGAAGCCGUGUCAGCCAGCAUGUUCAAGAUCAAGGAGCUCAAGGGCCGUGAGAUUUUGGACAGCCGGGGGAACCCGACUGUGGAGGUGGACCUCAUCACAGAAGGCGGUGUCACCGUCACUGCAGCAGUGCCGAGCGGUGCCUCCACGGGCGUGCACGAGGCCUGCGAAUUGCGAGAUGGAGACAAAGGCCGCUACUUGGGCAAGGGCGUCCUGAAGGCUGUCGAGUCUGUGAACACGGUCUUGAACGCAUCCUUGAAGGGCUUUGACGUGUCGAAGCAAAAGGAGCUCGAUGAUAAGAUGAUCGAGCUUGAUGGUACCCCGAACAAGAGCAAGCUGGGAGCCAACGCGAUUCUGGGUGUGUCAAUGGCUGCUGCCAAGGCCGCUGCGCAGGCAAAGGGCGUCCCUCUGUACCAGCACUUUGCCGAGCUUGCCGGCAACUCUCAGAAGCUCACACUGCCUGUCCCUUGCUUCAACGUCAUCAACGGAGGCUCUCAUGCAGGCAACAAGCUCGCCUUCCAGGAGUACUUCAUCAUCCCAGUGGGUGCGUCCUCUUUCAAGGAUGCUAUGCGUAUCGGUUCGGAAUGCUACCACACAUUGAAGGGCAUCAUCAAGAAGAAGUUCGGUGGCGAUGCCACGCUGAUUGGUGAUGAAGGUGGCUUUGCUCCUCCUUGCGAUGCGAAGCAGGGCGUGGAGCUGAUCAUGGAAGCGAUCGAGAAAGCCGGGUACAAGGACAAGUGCAAGAUCGGCAUGGACGUGGCGGCCUCCGAGUUCAAGCAGGAGGGUGCAGACUGCUACGACCUCGGCACUUGGUAUGCAGAAGCCGAGAAGACUCCCGAGCUGAAGAUGACUGGCUCGCAGCUGGCAGAUUUCUACGCAGAUCUCUGUGCCAAUUACCCACUCAUCACCAUCGAGGAUCCUUUUGAUCAGGAUGACUGGGCGGCAUGGACAGGCUUCACUGCAAAGGUGGGUGGACCCACCCAGGUUGUCGGAGAUGACCUGACCGUCACGAACGUCACCCGCGUGAAGAAGGCCAUUGAUGACAAAGCCUGCAACGCGCUUCUGCUGAAAGUCAAUCAGAUCGGCACCGUCUCUGAGUCUAUUGAUGCAGUCAAGCUGUGCAAGACCAAUGGCUGGGGCGUUAUGUGCUCUCACCGAUCUGGAGAGACAGAGGACACCACUAUCGCAGACUUGGCCGUCGGUCUCUGCACUGGCCAGAUCAAGACCGGUGCUCCAUGCCGAUCCGACCGCAACGCCAAGUACAAUCAGCUGAUGCGCAUUGAAGAGGAGCUCGGUGACAAGUGCGCCUACGCAGGUGAGUCGCCAGCUCGGAUCGAUCGAUAUGGCGUGACAUAUGUGACAUCUGGCUGUGUCGGCUGCAUCGGCUGGAUUGACACGGCCACCAUCGCCAGGCGUUUUGAUGCUUCCAUGGGACCCGAGCAGCAUCUCAGGAGCUUCGUCAUCAACACGGCAGACAACUUUUACAUGGGAGGAGUUGCGAGCACCACGGACGACUACUGGAGCAUGAUGUUCGAGGAGUUGUACACAGAUGAGAGCUUGCAGAUUCCUUGGCUAAGUUCUCUUGGCAACCACGACUACGGCGGCCAUGAAUGCGACUUCUGCCUUUGGCCCACGAGUUUUUUGGACCCGGGACAUAGCAUCAGAAGGGGCAAGCCCUGCUCUCAAGCUAUGAUCGAUUAUGACACAGAGCACGAUUGGCAAUGGCCCAAUCCAAAGAAAGUGCGCUGGGUCAUGCCCAUGAAGGGCGAGGACCGCUGGUACAUGAAGAGCUUCAAGUUCCCGAAAGCCAACGUCACGAUCGAUGUUUUUGUCAUCGACACCAACAAGGCACAUAUCCAGAGCCAGUGUCACUUCCAUUGCCCGACACAAUUUCAGGAUAAGUGCUCGAGCUUUUUCCAUCGGCUGUGGACGCGGCAGCGGGCAUGGCUGCUGCCGGCCCUGGAGAAGUCCAAAGCAGACUGGAAGAUGGUGGUUGGCCAUGCUCCGCCAGAAAAUUUCGAGGCCUCGAUCAUGGAAGAGAUGCGAGACCGUGGAGUUUCGGUGUACAUGGCAGGUCAUGUCCAUCAGCUUCGCCAUGACCGUCAUCCGUCGGGGAUCGAGGCCGUCAUCUCGGGCUCCGGUGGCGGUUACCAAUCGGCAGGGGGUGGGACUGCCUACACACUGCACCAGUCCCAGGAUUACGGCUUUGCGACGAUGCAUGUCGAGUACCACCAGAUCUCUGUGGAGUACUUCAAUGACGAGGGCAAGCGACUUUGGGAUCCGGUCGUGAUCCCGCGAAUCGACGUUGUUCAGGAGAGCCUUCUGAAAAAGCUGCGCGAGGCGGCGAUUGCCGGCCGGACAAUGGAGAUGAAGGAGCUGAUCGGCAAGGCUAAGGAUCAUGGAGUAGACGAGAGCUUCAUCAAUUCCGCUGCACUUGCUGGUGUCAAGGCCUUCGAGGCUGGAGGAGGUAUGGCAUUUGUUCACAUGAAGCCAGAGAUAAUGCAGGCAGGGGAGAGCACAUUUUCCGGCUUUUUGUCCUCAUGGACGUUGGAGGAAAGUCUGCCAACAGAAUGGACAACUUUAUUUUUCCGUCAAGACGCAGGAGCUUGCUGUUCGAAACUGCAGCUGCCACCGCCGCCAGCCAGAACCACAGUGUUGUGCUAUCCGAGCCCAGACUGUACUCCGGAGCAGAUGGCUGGCAAGCUCGCAGAAUCAGGUGCAGCGGCCAUGAUGCUUGCGAUGCAAAAAGACGACUUGAAGCCUGUGCAAGCCGAUGAGAACAGCGACUUGACAGCGGAGGAAGAGCGCAUGCCGGUGAUAUCUGUGCCACAGCUUUCCAUCAAAGAUGUGGGCUCUUGGAUGGGCAAUCCCGCUGAAAAAAUUGGAAUCCGGCUCUUCGGCGGCAAGGGCGCUUGGCAAGCUGCCGUGGACGGCGCCAGGGAAGCUGGAGUUUCCAAAGAUGUCAUCGAGGCGCUUUGUUCAAGCACAGGGUUGGCGCGUUCGGCCUUCACGUGA